CAUCAGCGGGCGGGCGGGCGGCUGCGGGUGCGGGUGCGGGUGCGCUCCAGCCUCUGCGGCCGACACCAGCCCCCAGCCCCGCUGCCUUUCCCUCCCUCCCUCCCUUCCCUCGCCGUCCCUUCUGUUUUCUCUUCUUUAUUUCUGUAUAAACUCCGACCUCCCCCCCCCGCUUCCCACCCCCCCAUCCCCUCCGCCCCUUUCCUCCUCCUCCGCGCAUCUCCCGCUCCUCCCGCGGAGCUUCCUCAGCCCCUUCCGCGACUUCCCGCAUGACUGUCACCAAGGCUCGAGGAGCUCCCACGUUUCCCUGAGCCCCGUGUCCAUCCCUGGGUGUCAGGAGGCACCCGAGCAGCCCGCGGAGCAGAGCAGGGCAGAGCUCUUGUGGAGUCAAUGAGAGACCUGCACAAGUCUAGCGUGCUGGGGAGCAAGCACAGCAGCCUGAUGUCAUGGCGGCCGCAGUACCGCAGCUCCAAGUUCCGCAACGUGUACGGGAAGGCGCUGGGCCGCGAGCACUGCUUCGACGGCGUCCCCAUCACCAAGAACGUCCACGACAACCACUUCUGCGCCGUCAACGCCCGCUUCCUCGCCAUCGUCACCGAGAGCGCCGGCGGCGGCUCCUUCCUCGUCAUCCCCCUCGAGCAGACAGGCAGGAUCGAGCCAAACUACCCCAAGGUCUGUGGUCACCAGGGCAAUGUGCUGGACAUCAAGUGGAAUCCCUUCAUUGAGAACAUCAUUGCAUCGUGCUCUGAGGACACCUCGGUGAGGAUCUGGGAGAUCCCAGAGGGCGGCCUGAAGCGGAACAUGACGGAGGCUGUGCUGGAGCUGUACGGGCACAGCCGGCGCGUGGGGCUGCUCGAGUGGCACCCCACCACCAACAACAUCCUCUUCAGCGCUGGCUACGACUACAAGGUGCUCAUCUGGAACCUGGACAUCGGGGAGCCGGUGAAGAUGAUCGAUUGCCACGCUGAUGUCAUCCUCUGCAUGUCCUUCAACACCGACGGCAGCCUCCUGGCCACCACCUGCAAGGACAAGAGGCUGCGGGUGCUGGAGCCGCGCUCGGGCAGGGUCCUGCAGGAGGCCAACUGCAAGAACCACCGUGUGAACCGGGUGGUGUUCCUGGGCAGCACCAAGCGGCUGCUGACCACGGGCGUGUCGCGCUGGAACACGCGGCAGAUCGCGCUCUGGGACCAGGAAGAUUUGUCCAUGCCUCUGAUAGAGGAGGAGAUCGACGGGCUCUCGGGUCUCCUCUUCCCCUUCUAUGACGCUGACACUCACAUGCUGUACCUGGCUGGCAAGGGCGACGGCAACAUUCGCUACUACGAGAUCGGCUCGGAAAAGCCCUACUUGAGUUACCUCAUGGAGUUCCGCUCCCCAGCGCCACAGAAAGGGCUGGGGGUGAUGCCCAAGCACGGGCUGGACGUGUCGGCCUGCGAGGUCUUUCGCUUCUACAAGCUCGUGACCCUCAAGGGGCUGAUCGAGCCCAUCUCCAUGAUCGUGCCCAGGAGGUCAGAAACAUACCAAGAGGACAUUUACCCGAUGACCCCGGGCACAGAGCCGGCUCUCACGCCCGACGAGUGGCUGAGCGGGGUGAACAGAGAUCCCAUCCUGAUGUCGCUGAAGGAGGGCUACAAGAGGACUUCCAAAGUGGUGUUUAAGGCCCCGGUGAAGAAGAGCGUGGUGGUGAACGGCAUCGACCUGCUGGAGAACGUGCCGCCCCGCACGGAGAACGAGCUCCUGCGGAUGUUCUUCCGGCAGCAGGACGAGAUCCGGCGGCUGAAGGAGGAGCUGGCGCAGAGGGACGUUCGCGUCCGGCAGCUGCAGCUGGAGCUCAAGAACCUACUGAACAGCCCCAAGAACAAUUAACUCCCAGGGACGUUGCACUUCAAUAAACUCUCUUUCUUUCUACUCGCUCUUUAAUCUCCUUGUGUCCACUCACACAGAACACUGAGCCGGGAGCCAAGCGACCCGCCGAGCGCCCCCUCGCUAACUGGAGACACGUCCUUCUUGGCCUUGCCUGGCACUCACCCCGCUGUGCCCGGCGGCUACCCCCUGAGAGGCAGCCAGGGCACCCCCCGGGCCCUGCAGAUGGGCUUGGAGUAAGUAGAUGAGCCCCAUCCCCGCUGUGCCAGCCCCCAGCGCCCUCGCUGGGCACACGGGGCACGUUUCUUUCUCCUAUGCAAAGCAGCGGGCGCAGGGAGUGGGAUGGGCUGUGGGAAGGGCUUUGUUCACACAGGGGCUCAGUGUGAGCUUCCCCCUGCCAGGGAGCUGCCAAGGCAGUGGCUGAGGCAGGAGCAGCCUGGGAGUGUCCUGUGAAGGGAGCUGCUCAGGCACCCCUGCACCUCUGUCCUUUAACCCAAGAGGCUGGGUUUCCUCACCCAAGAGGGCUUUUUGCUCCCUGUGCCUCUGCAAAGUGGGGCUCAGCCCCCUCCUGUGUGCUGGGCCUCAGGCUGGUGCCACGGGGAGGGGGGAGGCAGGUGCCAGCCCGGGGAUGCUGGAGCCGCGUGGCACCGGGGGCGCAGCACGUGUGCCGUGGCCUGGAGCGCCACAGGAGCGGCAGCACACACGGGCACUUCAGCUGCUGCUGUGCCGUGGCUCCUCCUCUCCCCCUGCUCCCCCUCUGUGCUGUCAGUGUGCUGUCUUUGCCUUUUAUUUAUGCUACCACGGAAUAGUGAUGGAAUAAAAUGUUUUCAAGAUACCAAA